GAAGGUCACGUCACGACAUUCAUUCAAGUUUUGUGCGACAUUCUUCGAGUCCCGCUUACGUUAUUCGUGUUUGUAAACUUACACACGCGAAAUUGUUCCUUAUUAUUUUUCUUUUACUCCCUCUCUCUUUGUCUCUCACUUGCUGGUUCGGUUUGAGAAUAGUGCUUUAAAAAACAAUAGGAUCAUGGGUUUGUUAGGUAGUAAAUCAGCACCCGUCAAUAUGAGUGGUCCAGUUGCAGAGUUUGUGAAAAGUGCCAUCGCCAAGGAUAAGGUGGUCAUUUUUUCGAAAACCUACUGUCCUUAUUGUACAAUGGCUAAAGAGCCUUUUAAAAAGCUCAAUCAGGCGUUCGCGUGUUACGAACUGGAUCAGCGCAGCGAUGGAGAUGAAAUUCAGUCCAUCCUGGGUGAAAUGACUGGAGCGAGAAGUGUACCCAGAGUUUUUAUUAACGGAAAUUUCAUCGGAGGAGGAACAGACAUCAAAAAAAUGUAUUCCGAUGGUCGCUUGGAAAAAUUAUUAGUUUAAUUUAUGGACGGAUGCUCUUCUAAAUUGACUGGUAUAGUAACUACGUUUAUUUUUUAUCAAGUUAUUUGUAACUUCUACUUUAAGUAGUUGAAGAAAAUAUACGUGAUAUUAUAACUUCUCAAAGAAAAGACAAAA